UAGAUUUAUUAUACUUGCUAUAUUUGUUUGCAUCUUGAUUAGUUGUCUGUUUUCCUAAAAGAUAAUAUAUAAUAUAUAUUGUAUGCAUUGGUUCUUUCUCUUUAAGCACACAUUUAUUUAUGAAUUUAUUUUUAAUCUUUGAUAUUUUUUUUUCUUUCUGAAGAUUAGAUGUUUUAGUGUUUUACUUGAUUUGUAUGACCUUUUAUUCUAAGUGUUUAUAUCUGGGUACAAAAUCUGGUUCAAUUUUUGUUUUUGUAAAAUUUUUUUACACAAAAACUAAGUUUUAUGUAUCUUGAUCAACUUACUAGUGUUGUUACUUAUUACAAAUUCAAUUAUUUUCCCAAUUUAUCAUGACACAUAGGAUUUCUAGGACAGAAAGCAAUCCAAUCAUGUCGAAAGGAAAGGAAAAAGUGACCGAAGAAGAAGAAGCAGACGAGCACGAUAAGGAAGAGGAUGAUAGAAAUAUGACAAAUCAUUAUCAUCAGAAUCGGCUUGAGCUUGCAGUUGCUUGUGGUUCAAAGAAACCUCAGGAUGCAGAUUACUUAACUAAUUACAUUCCAUCACUUAAUUAUGAGUUAGAGAAUUUAAUCUUAGCUAGAUUUCCAAGAUCGGAAUAUUGGAAAUUAUCAUUUGUUAACAGGAGGUUCGCGGGCUUAGUGAAGAGCGACGAGCUUUAUAAAAUUAGGCGUGAGAUUGGGUUUAGUGAGCCUUCGGUUAUGAUGCUUGCGAGCGGUGAGAAUAGUUGGUGGGCAUUUGAUCAAGGGUUCAGUUCUCUUAGAAGGCUUCCGGUUCUUCCUUCUGAUAUAUGUUUCACUGCUGGAGAUAAAGAAUCGUUUUGUGCAGGGACUCAUUUACUCGUAUCGGGUAGGGAGAUUGAAGGUCUGACUAUUUGGAGAUAUGAAUUAGCCUUGAAUAAAUGGUUUAAAGGCCCUUCAAUGAUUUACCCAAGGUGUUUGUUUGCUUCUGCCACUUUUGGGAACUCUGCUUAUGUGGCAGGUGGGAUUACAGUGGUUGGUGGCCCGGUUAGUAGGACCCAGCUAGUCCAUAACACGGUUGAGAAAUAUGACCCGGAAAGCCGGUCGUGGACCCCACUACCUAGAAUGAAGAAGCCACGUAAGCUUUGCUCGGGGUGUUACAUGGACAAUAGGUUUUAUGUGAUUGGUGGGAGGAAUGAUGACGGCGAGUUAACGUGUGGGGAGUUUUUUGAUGAGGAAAAAGACCAGUGGAAUUUGAUUCCGGAAAUGUUAAAAGACAAUCCUGUCCUCAGUUGUCAUUCUCCUCCGUUAAUCGCUGUUGUUAACAACGAGCUUUAUUCCAUUGAAGCGUCUUCGAAUCAGUUAAAAGUGUAUCUGAAGAAGAGUAACAGUUGGAAGCCAUUGGGUUCGGUUCCUGUAAGGGCAGACUACAAUAGAGGUUGGGGAGUGGCUUUCAAGUCAUUUGGCAACAAGUUACUAGUUAUAGGGGCGUCGACAGUUUCAACCUCUAGAAGCUCGAUGGCUAUAUAUACGUGUAGCCCGGAACCAGAUUCUGAAUUUUUGCCAGAAUGGGAACUGCUUGAUAAUGGCAAGAUUCAGUUAAGUCAUUUUAUUAUGAAUUGUUGUGUGAUGGUAGCAUGAUCAGAAGAAUUGUGUUGUUGGUAUCUAAAAUAAACAGUACCAGUUGACUUUUUACAGUCAAAUAUGAUUGUAUUCUGGUACCCUUUUGCUUCCCUUUGUAAUGGGGUUAGUGUACAUAAUUGUUCCUUUUUUUAGCAAAUACUUGUGGCCAGCCAGUUUAUCUGGCCACUUAACAAACUCACUUACUUA